UUUAGUUUUAUUCAAAAUCGUAUUUUAUACAAUAGCUUUAUAAAAUUUAGAAUGACAAUAAAAUUACAUAUGAAAGUGAAUUUAAUGCUAAUGAUUUUUUAUUAAUUUUAUUAUUUUAUAAAGUUAUUAAUUUUGUUAUUGUACAUAUCGAUUUUGACUUAAGAUUAAAAUAUUUUUGGAUAUUUUCUAUACUAGACAAUUUCAAUUAGUGUAAUUCAAAAAUAAUAAUUAAUUCUUGAGAAAAUUAUGAUUUAAUUGUUUGAUGAUAAAACUACAUAACCUCUAUAACUUCUAAAGGAAUGGUAAAGGAUGAGAAGGAAUACCCUUAAGUAAAAAGUAUUUAACAAUAAUUAAAACAUAUCGAUAAGAAAAUGGGAGAUGACGAGGAUGGUAAAGAGUAUCGGUGGGAGACUGGAUAUGAAAAGACAUGGGAAGCUAUUAAAGAAGACGAUGAAGGAUUUUUACAAGCCAGUGUAGCCGAUAUCGUCCAAAGGGCAAAAAGAAAACGGCAAGCCCUAAAACAUGGAAGCCAAAAGUUGGGGAUGAUGAGACAUUUAUUCUUGCUGUUGGAUUGUUCUGAAGCAAUGGCCAGUCAAGAUCUCAAACCAACAAGGCUUAUAUGCACCUUAAAGCUCUUAGAAAUAUUCUUGGAAGAAUUUUUCGACCAGAAUCCUAUAAGUCAACUAGGAAUUAUACUUAUGCAAAAUAAACGAGCAGAGAGGAUCAGUGAACUAGCUGGGAAUUGUAGGAAACAUAUAAAAAUGCUCAGUACUUUAAACAGAACCAGCUUACAAGGUGAACCAUCUCUUCAAAAUGGUUUGGAAAUGGCUUUAUCUUCAUUGAAGCUACUCCCUUCUCAUGCCAGUAGAGAAAUCUUGGUUAUAAUGGGUAGCUUAACUACUUGUGAUCCUGGAGAUAUUACUAAAAGUAUUGAAAAUUUGAAGCAAGAAGGUGUUAGGUGUUCAGUGAUAGGUUUGGCAGCUGAAGUACAUGUGUGUAGACAACUGGCAAAUCAAACCAAUGGAAUUUACAAUGUAAUUCUUGAUGAUAAUCAUUUUAAAGAUUUACUACUCCAGCAGGUAGAUCCGCCUCCUGCUGCAUUGUGCCUUGAGUCAAGCUUGAUCAAAAUGGGAUUUCCUCAUCAACUGAAUAAUGAAGGGUCUGAUGAACCUCUAACUAUGUGCAUGUGUCAUGUAGACAGUAUAGAAGAUGGUAGUAAACUAACAACAGGAGGUUAUUAUUGUCCUCAGUGCUUCAGCAAAUACUGUGAACUUCCUGUUGAAUGUAGAGCCUGUGGGUUGACAUUAGUAUCAGCUCCACAUCUAGCAAGGUCCUAUCACCAUCUUUUUCCAGCUGCCAAUUACAUAGAAGUAGAUUUUGCUAACCAGGCAACAAUUUGUGCUGCUUGUCAGAGAUCAUUUGGAGAAACAGACAAACAGGUGUACAGCUGUCCAAAUUGUAAACGAAUAUUCUGCAUAGAUUGUGAUAUAUUUGUUCAUGAAACUUUACAUACUUGUCCUGGGUGUGCUACAAACCCUCUAAAGUUUCAAAUAGCCCUUACUAACUAAUUUUUUCAUUACAAAGACACUUUUAUAUAAAAAUGAGGAUAAGAAGAUGUGGUCAGUAAAAUAUGAUGAAUUAUCUAGCAUUAAACAAAUGUGAAAGUAGAAUCAAUAUAAAUUGUACUUUUUAUUAAUUAUUAUAAUUAUAUAAAACAUAUUUUUAUUUCUAGAAUUUCUUUUGUCAGUAUGAAAUUGAGUUAUUGUUUGUUCAAUCUUGUAAAUUUAUUUUGAAUAAAUUAUUUAAAAAUU